AUGAGAGAGAUGAAGCUGGAGAGGUGGGUACCAGUUUAUGUCAUGCUAGAGGGUUUGAAGAUAUUUGGCCUCCGGGCAACGCAGGCGUGGAUUUCGAGGGUCCGGAGAAGAGAAACCGCGGAUCUCACUUCGCGGUCCAGCAGGGGGUGGCUCUCCAGCUUCCGGGCGCGCUGGGGCCCCUCCUCCAACCCCGGCGGCCGGGUGGGCGCUUCCUGCCGCCCCGAACAGGCGUGUGGGUCCAGCUCCUUAAGGCCCCCGCAUCCUUUCGCUUCCAUUCCCUGGGUUCCUAAACUCCGGCCCUCUUCCCCCUCGCUCUUUCCCGAAACCCCCGUCCCAAAGCUCCCAGCCCCGCCUGGCCGGGCUCCCGCGGGCCCUGGUCAGGCAGCGGCGCCCAGAGCGCGCAGAGGCCGGGCGGCCGCCGCGUUCCGGCCUCGAACUCGCCGCCCCGUCUCCAGGCGCGGCCCGAGCUGGCCUGGUUCUGCUUCAGGACCCCUGCGAUGUCAGAGGUCGACUGAAUGUGUUCAUCAUUAUGAACUUCCCUCUCAAACCUGCUUUUGCUGCAUCCCCCAAAUUUUGAACCCUGAAGGCUGUUUUUCUUUCCCGAAGCACACAGUGAAGAAGAAACAGACUCAGAGGGGCCUCUGCUGCAGAUGUCAGACAGAAAGAUCCAGACCUGGGCUGCUGCGUAUGCCGGGGCUCCAGGGAAAGGAAAGAGCAGGUAGGAGGAUGGUUCACAGGGAAGAGGAAAGCCUUGGAGGAGCAGAGUUCUUGAAAUGGGAAGGGAGAGAAGGACCCUUAGUUGAGUGAACCAGGAAGUGGAGUGGACAGGACUUGGUACUGAGCUAUCCGUACUUGGGAAGGAAGCUCCCACCCACUGGGGACGUCCUGCUGCUCCCGGGCUUGUACUGCACCCUUGAGCAGAAGGUGAGGAACUUGGUCGUCUUCUGUGCGGUUAGAGCCACAGAGGGAAAAAAUCACACCUCCUGACCAAGUUGGGACAAAAGAGCAUCAGAUUAGACUUUCCUAACCCCUGCACUGCACUGACACAGCCCCGCUGCCACAUGUUUAUGCUGCGGUCUCUUAGUUCCUUGCCCUCUCACCUCUAGUGAUCUCUUCCUCAACCCACUUCAGAUGCCCACUAUCACGAUGAUGGUCUUGUCAUCAGCCAUGACCAAACCCAAUCCACGCCUUGCAAACCCCAUGAACGUCCUGGUCCUCUCUCUCUCUCUGUUGUUCUGUGGCAAAGCCCCAGCCUGGUUAAAACCAACCCUCAGCCUGAUCUGUGCCUGUCCCUGAGCAGCAGAGAGGUGCUGGAGAGAAAACGCAUGGCCCCGCUGAAAAAACAGUCUCGCUGCAAAUCUGUGACCACAAAUCACAAAAGGAUACUCAGCACUGCCCAGGGUCCUAUUUUACAUCCCUGGUGUGUUUGGUUUCCCAGCUCCAAAAUUACUAUUUUAUACCUUCUUUCCCAUCAAAUUCCCUAUGCACACCCCCUCCCCCACCUCACUUCCUCACACAAGCAUGUUCUCCCUGGUGGCGCAGUGGUUAAGAACCUGCCUGCCAGUGCAGGGGACAUGGGUUCGAGCCCUGGUCCAGGAAGAUCCCACAUGCCACGGAGCAACUAAGCCUGUGCGCCACAACUACUGAGCCUGCGCUCUAGAGCCCACGAGCCACAACUAAUGAAGCCCACAUGCCGCAACUAAUGAAGCCUAUGCACCUAGAGCCCAUACUCCGCAACGAGAGAAGCCACCACAAUGAGAAACGCGCGCAUCGCGAUGAAGAGUAGCCCCCGCUUGCUGCAACUAGAGAAAGCCCGUGCACAGCAACGAAGACCCCACGUAGCAAAAAAAAAAAAAAGAAAGAAA